UUUCUGGUAACGUGGUUUUUAGGUUACGUUAUCUGACGUUACAGGUUAGGAUUGAAAAAAUGUUUCGAAAAUCGUUCCAAAUUUUACAACCAACGUUCAAAACGAGGCUUUUGCCCAUUAUCCGAAAUAAAUCAACCAACGUUGAUUUGGAAAAAUUGGAAGCGGAAUCAACCGACAUCAGUGUCGUUGAUGAGGAGUUAAAAGCCCGAGAAGAGGAAAUCGAACGAAAGCGAAACAAAUCGAGAUUAAAAAAUUCUGAUCGUAACAUUUUAUUUGACAAAAACCCAUAUCCUGAGCCUGAGCAUUGGCAACACGGCACUUUGAAAUAUAUGCGUAGAACGUAUGGGAGAUACGGUGAAGCAAGUGGUGUUGACCCAUCGAUAUGUUGGCCAGUGAAGGACGAAUUGGAAAAUGCAAAAGAAUACGAACGUGUUGCAUUUCCGUACACUAUCACUCAAAUAGUGGAAGAAGCACACAAACAAAGACAAGAGAAGAAUGAAAGAAUUAGGUUGAGGCAGGAAGAAAUCGCCAAAAAGUUGGAAAAGUUGGAACAGAUGAAGCAAGAUUUAUACAACAGAAUACGCACCAAAGAAAAGGAGGCCACGGCUGCAAAGGAACGCAAGGAACGUCUGAUAGAGGAAGUGCGUAUGCACUUUGGCUACACAGUGGAUCCAAGAGAUGAGAAAUUCAAAGAACUGUUGGAGAAGAAAGAGAAAGAACAGAAGAAAGCUAUGAAAGAAGCGAAACGUAAAGCGCGUGAAGAAAGCAUGGUGAACAAAAUGUUGUCUAAAAAAGAAGCAAAGAAGGAUCAGAAAGAAGACACGGAAGUGGAGUAAUUUUGUUAUUUCUCUAUUAGUAAAUAAAUAAAUUUACGUAACAA